AUGGCAAUAAAUAACAUUGUGGUACUUGGGGCCGGGGUGUCUGGACUUACAACAGCAUACCUUCUGUCCCAGGAUCCUGCCAAUUCCAUUACUGUAGUGGCUAAACAUAUGCCAGGAGACUAUGAUAUAGAGUAUUGUUCGCCAUGGGCCGGUGCCAAUUAUCUUCCAAUGGGCCAGCCUGACACUGACCACGCAAAGUGGGAAAAGCAAACAUGGCAGCCACUGAAGGAGCUGACCGAAAAGCAUCCCGAGGCUGGUAUUCAUUUUCAGGACACUAUCAUCUACAACCGUAAGAAAGACCAGGAAACCGCAACGGGCCAGUGGUUCUCGUCCCUCAUGGAUGCGAACCCAUGGUACAGGGAUAUAGUACUUGACUUCAAAAACCUUCCAAAAGAUCAGCUAGCUCCCGGGAUUGAUAACGCUCAGACGUUCACAUCAGUCUGUAUCAACACUGCAGUAUAUCUUCCCUGGCUAGUCGGCCAGUGCCGCAAGAAUGGCGCUGUUUUCAAGCGAGCUCAAUUCAAACAUGUGGCGGAUGCCGCCAAGGCCCACCAUUCUGGCCGUGCUGCGGACGUGGUCCUAAAUUGCACCGGCCUGUCGUCGAAGACCUUGGGCGGUGUCCUUGACCAGAAACUCUACCCAGCACGCGGACAGAUUGUCGUAGUGCGAAACGACCCGGGUCGAAUGGCCGGCAUCUCCGGUACCGACGACGGAGAAGAAGAGCUCUUCUACAUGAUGACCCGCGCAGCAGGCGGUGGAACUAUCCUGGGUGGCUGCUACCAAAAGCAUGUCUGGGAUCCGCUACCAGAUCCCAACCUGGCGGUCCGGAUCAUGAAGCGGGCUAUCGCGAUAUGCCCUGAGCUGGUGGCUGAGGGCCAGGGAAUUGAAGGGUUAGAUAUUAUUAGACAUGGCGUUGGGCUUCGGCCUCUGCGGGAUGGCGGGCCACGCAUCGAGGCAGAGAAGAUAGAUGGAGUAGCCGUGGUGCAUAACUACGGCCAUGGCGGGUUCGGAUACCAGUCUUCCUACGGCUGUGCGGCUGAAGCUAUACGAUUGGUGAAGGAGACGUUGCAGAAGAAAGCACAGGCGAAGCUAUGA